GGCAACCUCGCGUGUUGAGUUACUCCACUCUCCACUGCACUUUCUUUUCUCAACUCAGCAUCCUCCCCUCCCUUCCACUUCCCUGCUUCCUCCUCCUCACCUCCUCUCCUCACGACCUUACUGGUUGAAUUGUUGACGACAAGAAAACCUCACCAUGGCCGAUGGCAACGACGAGCACCGCCUGACGGACGGCGUGUCUGUGGAGGCGAUCAAGACCUUCCUCGCAGACCUGACGAAGGAGUUUCCCGACACGUACACUGAGAUGACAACAGCGGAUGCCUGCAAGCAACUCGUGGUGCCACGCACACAACAGGCCAGCUGCGCCUACGUCGAUCUCUUGCGCAAGCAGUCACCAUGCACCGACGUGGGCAAGGCCACUGUGUUUGUGUCGCACGCGUGGCGGUACAAGAUCGCAGACGUGUUGAACGUCUUGCUCGAGUUUGCGGAGGAGCAAGCAAGCAAGGAAGACGGCCAGCCCGUGUUCUUCUGGUUUGACCUCUUCAUGAACAACCAAAACGCCAAUGUCACGGCGAACCUCCCACAAGAGUGGUGGAGCACGACGUUCAAGGAGUCGAUUGCCAACAUUGGACGCGUGCUGCUGGUGUUGAUGCCGUGGCGAGACCCCGUGCCACUGACGCGUGCGUGGUGCCUGUGGGAGAUCUUCUGCGGCAUCAGCAACGAGGGCACAGAGGUCAACAUCCGCCUGCCCAAAAGCGAGGAGAAGGCGCUGGAACGGGCCAUCCAAGGCGAGUAUGAAGCCGUCACGGAUACGCUGGUGCGCGUGCAAGCCGAGCGUGCGGAGGCCUUCAACCCAAAUGACAAGGCCAUGAUCUUUCAAGCCACCCAGGACAGCGUUGGCUUUGCGGCUCUCAACCAGGCCGUCAAGGACCAGCUGCGCGCGUGGUGCUUGGAGAAGGCGGCGGCUGCGGUGGAGGCCAUGCAGGCAAGGGGCGAAGACAACACAGGGGCGUUCGCGGUGUUGUGUGGUCAAGUUGGGACUGUGCUGAACACGUUUGGCGAGCACGGCAGGGCAGUCGCGUACUACGAGGCAGCUCUGGCGACCUAUCUACGCAUUGAAGGGGAAAAGGGAGAGAACGUGGCUGGGUUGUACAACAACCUCGGCCUUGCCUACGAUGACAAGGGGGACAACGAUAAGGCGAUUGCAUACUUUGAGAAGGCCCGUGAAAUCUUGGUGGGCAAGCUGGGCGAGAAGCACCCGAGCACAGCAAGCACGUACAACAACCUCGGCAACGCGUACAGCAUCAAGGGCGAGCAUGAUAAGGCGAUUACCUAUUACGAAAAGGACCUCGCUAUCACCACUCAGACGUUGGGCGAGAAGCACCCGAGCACAGCGACGGCCUACAACAACCUCGGCAAUGCUUACUGCAGCAAGGGUGAGUAUGACAAGGCCAUUGACCAUUACGAAAAGGACCUUGCCAUCACCAUUCAGACGCUGGGCGAGAAGCACCCGAGUACAGCUGAGACCUACAACAACCUCGGCAAUGCUUACUGCAGCAAGGGUGAGCAUGAAAAGGCGAUUGCCUAUUACGAAAAGGACCUCGCUAUCACCACUCAGACGUUGGGCGAGAAGCACCCGAGCACAGCGAUGACACUGACCAACAUCGCCUUCGUGCAUGCUGAACUUGGCGACAAGGAGCAGGCCUGUGCCUACAUGCAACGGGCACUGGACGUCUUCACAGCCACGGUUGGACCAGACCACCCUUCCACGCAAAGAGCUGAGCACGACCUGAGGCGCAUUCGCCAUGCUGGUGUGGAUGUGCCGAGUGGCUCAAGCCGUUGCUGCAGUAUCUUGUGA